UAGUAUGCUUUUUUGUUUUGGAAACUCCAACACGGCUAACAUAAUUUGGAUAUAUGCUAACAAACUACUCUUUUUGCACUGUUGCGAAAUAAUCCCAUAACGCGCUCCCGUGAUAACAAGAAGCUGAUAAGAGAAGUUCAGCGAAAAAAGACAGAAAAAUCACAAGACGAAAACAUGAAUCGACUGAUUUGAAAGGUGUAUGGUGUCGGAUUUUUUGCAAAAAUGUCUUCCUGGAAGUUUUCGUGGACCGAUGUGUGCCCUUCGGGAUUGCGCCCGUGGGAAAGUGAUUACAACGAUUUAGCGCCUUGUUUCCAACAGAUAUGCCUGCAGCUUCCGAUGCUGGUGCUGUUUGCAGUGUUCUCAUCUUACUACCAUGGAACCCACUUUCGAUCGGUGCUUCGUAACGGAACACAGUUGAGAGCUCUGAGGGCACGAAUCGUUGCCUCGAUCGGACUGGGAUUGAUACCGGUGGUGAAGCUGUUCUACACAAUACGUAUUCAUGGAAAGAUUUAUCCGAUCGAUGUGUUGCUCUCUUCCGUUCAAUGUGUGGCCUGGUCGGUUCACAUUGGCCUGCUGGUAAGCUCGAUAAAACGAGGUUCGUUGAGCCAUCGAGGGCCGCUAGCGAUUAUCGUCGUGUGGACCGCACUGCUCGCGCUAACGAGCAUAUGGGUACACACCACCAUUCAUUCGCAGUAUGGAUUGUGGUAUUUGGGCGAUUUGCUGGUUUUUCUCUGUUAUGGAUUCACGUUGAUCGCCCCCGGCGAGGCUCAUUACAUUAGAGUACAGAGAACGGCCGAUCAGGAGAGGCAAGCACUUUUAUCGCAUACUUACACACGGUUCCUGGAAGAUAUUGACGAACCUGUGCUGGGACCGAUUCAAGAUGAGGCGAAUUUCCUGUCGAAACUAAUUUUCUACUGGGUGAGACCAAUGAUCGCUAAAGGAGUUGCAGGAAAGCUGCGGAAAAACGAUGAUCUCUUUGAUUUACCAGAAUGCCUUAAUAUGAGACGUAUUAUUGAUAAGCUCCAGAAGCAACUGAAUGCAACCCGGUCUCUGUACAAAGCACUACACAGAAGCUUUGGCUGGGAGUUCUAUUUGAUUGGUGUGCUAAGAUUGAUCGCGGAUCUUGCGGGUUUCGCCGGGCCUUUGCUACUCGGAGGAUUGUUACGAAGCGAAAAUGCUGCCAAUGAUACGAGCCAACCGAGUGAGAACGAAUAUUAUCGGCCCUACUAUUAUGCUCUGGGAUUGCUUUUGUCCACGCUGAUUAGUUGCUUUGCCGGGGUACACUUCAACUGGCAGAUGACCAUGGUUAGCACCAAAAUGCGAAUGUCUAUCGUAACGGCAAUCUAUCGCAAAUCGCUGGAGGCCAGGGGGCUUCAAAAUUCGCGUCCCGAUAUUCUUAACCUUAUGUCAACGGAUACGGAUCGGAUAGUGAAUUCCUGCAUGAGCUUCCAUUCGUUUUGGAGUAUACCGUUUCAACUGUUUACUACACUUUAUUUCCUGUACACUCAACUUGGAUUGGCAUUCCUGGCAGGGGUAGUUUUUGCCGUUAUCUUGAUACCGAUUAACCGCCAAAUUGCCAUGAAAAUUGGUCAGCUUUCCCAGGGUUUGAUGACGGCGAAGGAUGGCCGCGUAUCGGUAACUACCGAAACCAUAGCGGGAGCGAAACAUAUCAAACUAAACGCCUGGGAGGACGUUUUCGUCGACAAGAUAGAGAAGGUUCGCCGUGAAGAGGUUAGCUUUUUGUCCAAACGGAAGUAUUUGGACGCGUUGUGUGUAUACUUUUGGGCCACGACACCGGUACUGAUGUGCGUGUUAACUUUUGGCACCUCUGUGUUGUUGGGGAAUACACUGACGGCCGCUACGACUUACACCAGUGUGGCAUUGCUCAAUAUGCUGAUUGGACCUCUGAAUGCCUUCCCGUGGGUGCUGAAUGGACUGGUCGAGGCGUGUGUUUCACUCAAACGAGUCCAGCAGCUGAUCGAUCUACCCAACAUCAAUUUGGCGGAAUACUACAAACCGCUGCAUCAAACUGAGACCACUUUUUCCGGUGCUUCUCGGAGGCCAGUGGUAAUCGCGAUCAAGGAUGGACAUUUUGAGUUCGAGGUGCAGCGCAGCCGAGAGGAGCUCAAUCUGGUCCAGGAGGACAUUGUCGAUUUCCGAUUUGUGAAUUUGAACCUUCAGAUUCGGCAGGGUGAGCUGAUCAGCCUGGAGGGGCCAGUUGGCGGGGGCAAAACAUCUCUGCUGGAGGUUAUUCUGGGGAAUUUCAAGUGCACCCAAGGCGUGGUGGCACUGUCCAGUGUGGGCGAUGGCUUUGGUUAUGUGGCUCAAAGCCCGUGGCUCCAGAGGGGCACAAUUCGGGAGAACAUUCUGUGGGGUGAGAUGUACGACGAUGCGAGAUACAAGGCUGUUAUUCAUGCUUGUGCGCUUAGCUACGAUUUGAGUGUGUUGAAGGGAGACGGCGCUGGUGUUGGAGAACAGGGACGGACUUUAUCCGGUGGACAGAAGGCAAGAGUUGCCUUGGCGAGAGCGAUUUAUCAGAAUAAGGACAUCUAUCUGCUGGAUGAUAUUCUGUCCGCCUUGGAUGCCCAUGUAGCGUCCCAUAUUGUGAAACACUGUAUAUUUGGACUGUUGAAGGACAAAACUAGAAUAAUUGUUACCCAGCAUCCGCUGGUGCUGAAUCAAUCCAAUCAGAUUCUGCACGUAGAGAACGGAAUCGUCACCCAAAGCGACAUCACCAGCGUUGCUUCCCUUAUAAGCGAUUUCGAAGAUGAAGGUGACGAUGUCCCGCAGAAUCUAAACGUCGAGUAUGAGUCACAAUUCAGCAAAGGGGAGGACACUAAGAGUGUUGAUAGUUUACUGGCUGAAGAGGGCCGUGAGUUCGGCUAUCUCGACCGGAAAGUUAUCGGCGCUUACUGGCAAGCCAUGGGAAAAUCGCUUGGAUUUUGGGUGGUUCUAUCGGUGCUCUUGAUGCAGGUGUCGAGGAAUCUGACCGACGCGUGGUUAGCUUACUGGGUAGGCAUAUCGUCGCCAGUGCCACCGGUGAUACCUUCGAAUGAAACUCACAACGUUACAGUGCUAGAAAUAGGAAUAGAUAGUGAUACGCCUCUCUGGAGUUUAUCUCACAGUCCAAACAUUUUUUCGAUUGCAUUGGAUUUCCUCGAAGCGAUGGCAAAAGGAGUGAAUCAUACGUCUAAUUUGGCGGAUGUUUUGCAACAGGAAGCAUUGCUACCAGAUGCGGGGAACAAAACAACGACACUUUACUAUCUUGGAAUUUAUAGUGCACUAGCGUUCGGAAAUUCGCUUAUCACGCUGCUUCGAGCGUUCCUGUUCGCGUACGCUGGAAUCAAAGCUGCUAAGUGCGUGCACGAUAAACUGCUGAAAAAUGUGAUCUAUACAAAGUUCGAAUUCUUCGACAUCAUGCCACUGGGCCGAAUCUUGAACCGAUUCUCUUCGGACGUCUACACCGUCGACGACACGCUGCCCUUCAUUCUCAACAUCCUGCUAGCUCAGUUUUUCGGGCUGAUGGGCGCUCUCGCAAUCAGUCUGUACGCGAUGCCUUGGCUGGGCUUGCUUGUGAUACCACUCUGCCCAAUUUAUCUAACCCUUCAGAACCAAUACCGGUACGCUUCGCGGGACAUCAAGCGAUUGUCCAGUAACGCUCUGUCGCCAUUGUAUGCGCACUUUACCGAAACACUUCAAGGUUUGUCGACGAUCCGGGCAAUGCGCAACGAGGGCCGAUUCCAGAGGGAUUUCAUCUUCAAACUAGGCGAGAGCAUCAAAGCGCAACUCUCGGCAUCCGCCGCUCAGCAAUGGCUCGGUUUGAGGCUACAACUGUUGGGAGCGUUCCUCGUGGGAGGCGCUGGGUUGCUGGCGGCCAUCACCUCAGCCCAUCUUACUUCCCCGGAGAUGGUUGGUUUAACCAUUUCAUAUGCACUUUCAAUUACCGGACUGCUGUCAGGUUUGCUGAACGCGGUCUCCGAGACCGAACAGGAACUUGUCGCCGUUGAAAGGGUUAAUCAGUAUUGUGAGCUGGAGAGGGAAAUAAACUCCGAAGGUUCUGCGGAUCCCCCCUUCGGAUGGCCCUACCAGGGCCUCGUAGCUUUCGACAACGUCUAUCUAAAAUAUCGUGAACAUCUGCCGUGUGUUUUAAGAAAUGUGACCAUGCAAAUCACAUCCUGCGAGAGGAUUGGUGUGGUUGGUCGAACCGGAGCCGGUAAGACUUCCAUCCUAGCCAGUAUGCUACGGGUGGCUCCACUCGCGGAAGGAACCGUUACGAUUGACUUCGUAAAUAUCGCGACGCUUCCACUGGACGUUUUGCGCAGCCGCAUAGCAGUCGUAUCGCAGGAUCCGUUCCUAUUCAAUGGAACAAUUCGACAGAAUCUGGACCCGAGAUCGCUUCACAUGGACUCGGAAAUAUGGGAAGCCAUCACUUGCUGCUUGGCCAGCCCACUCGUACAAGCACUGGGAGGAUUGGAGGCCAUGCUCGAUCCAAACGGAUCGAAUCUAUCGGCGGGUCAGAAACAACUGCUCUGUCUCACCAGAGCUGUACUGAAAAAAUCGAAAAUCGUUCUAAUCGACGAGGGCACCGCCAAUCUGGACUUUGAAUCGGAGUCCGCCAUUCAACUUGUGCUGAAAAAUGCCUUCCGCGGCAGGACUGUGAUAUUGAUCGCCCAUCGACUCAAUGGACUGCAAGACACCGAUCGGAUCUUAGUGAUGCGUGAGGGUGAAAUCGUCGAACAGGGAAAGCCACGAGAUCUUGCCCAGAAUGUAGAAUCUUUGUUCUAUUCUAUGCUGCAAGAGCAGCAGAAUACAGCUUUUGCCAAGCUGUAGAUUUUUUUGCUAUUUGUUUUACUUAGCAAACAAUUCCGCUAGUCCCCCGCCAGUGAGUGAGAAAACAAAGAUACUAUCUUAUGUUCUAGUAUGUAUUUAAUUUUGGAAAAUAGUCCACAAUUUUCCAUACAUUAAUUUUAUCAUUUAACUCUAAAUGAAAUAUGUGUUUUCUUCGGAAUAUAUACCUUACGUUGUCUAGAUUCUAAGUGAUUCUAAGCUCGUCUAAUGAAGCGUGGAAUUGAAAAAAAGAGGUAUAUGAUUACGCUAUG